UCUCUCUCUCUCUCAGUACCUGCGCGGAUGGAUAACGCUCGAGCGUGAGAAGUCGUUCAGAUUCAGAAGAGCUCGCGACGUUCAGAGUCCCACGCGACAGUGACAUCAGCGCACGCGCACGCUCACGCGCGCUACGAGCUGAGAAUCAAGCAGAGUUCCCACGAGCAGCAGCGACAAGAGACGCUCUCGAGAGACUGGGAUUUAUUUAUUAUUAACACGUAUAUUUAUUCAAACUCUUUUGCACUUUUUGGGAGAUUUAAAGAAGACUUCAGGGGAUCUAUGAGAACUUCAGUAAGGAUUUUACAGAAGUUGUAACGCCGAGGCGGAGUUAUGAACCGUUUCUUGGUGAAAUUAACGCUACUGACGGCAGCAUCGCUCGCGACGGUGGCACAAGGGCAAAGAUGCUCAGAAUACUGUCAGAAUGGAGGAAUAUGCGAGCUCAAGCCGAGCGGAGAAGCAUCAUGCAGGUGUCCUGCAGACUUCGUCGGCCCCAAAUGUCAGUUCCCGAACCCGUGCAGCCCGUCGCCGUGCCGUAACGGAGGUGUUUGCCGUGCACGGACGCAGGGGAAUGACGUGGAGGUGACCUGUGACUGCGUCUUAGGAUACAGCGAUCCGCUCUGUCUGACACCUGUCAAUCAUGCCUGUAUGAGCUCCCCGUGCCGUAACGGCGGCACCUGCUCUCUGCUCACGCUCGACACCUUUACCUGCCGCUGCCCACCUGGAUGGUCAGGUAAAACAUGCCAGCAGGCCGACCCGUGUGCGUCGAACCCCUGUGCCAACGGUGGUCAAUGUUCAGCGUUCGACUCGCACUACAUCUGCACCUGCCCUCCUAACUUCCACGGCCAGACGUGUCGGCAAGACGUGAACGAGUGCGCUCUCUCUUCCUCCCCCUGUCGUAACGGAGGCACCUGUAUAAACGAGGUGGGCUCGUACCUCUGCCGGUGCCCACCGGAGUACGCUGGCACACACUGCGAGCGCCUGUACCACCCGUGCCACCCCUCGCCCUGCAGGAACGGAGGGACCUGCUUACAGACCAGCGACACCUCCUACGCCUGCACUUGUCUGUCAG